AUGGGGCAAGGGGACUUUCUCGAGAUGCAGCAGCCCAAAAGCGACUAUGCCGCCGUCAACACCACUAGCUCGUCCGGCAACACGGACGACAGCGCCAGGAACCACCACGAGAGCGGAGGCGAGCAUACGGACGGCGGCACGGGUGGCUCAUCACUAAGGCGGUUGUUCUCUUUCUGGCAACUUCUGGCCUUCGCCCUGAUCUUCAUGUCGUCGUGGGAAGUCAUGGCCAUGGACAUGGGAGCGACCUUCUACAACGGCGGCCCGCAGACACUUGCGUGGGGCAUCAUCCUCGUGGUCGUCGGCGCCAUGGCGCAGGCGCUGUCCAUGGCUGAGCUGGCGACGAUCCAACCCAUCGCCGGAGCGCAGUAUCACUGGACUCACUUCCUUGCGCCGGAGAGACACCGGCGGUUCAUUACGUGGAUGCAAGGCUGGGUGACCUGGUUCGCCUGGGUCUCGGCCCUGGCCGGCUCGGCCGCCUCCGAAGCCAACAUCAUCAUCGGCCUCGUCAGCACGAACUACCCUUCCUACCAGUUCCAGCCCUGGCACAUCACCAUGGUCAUCAUCGCGCAGCUCGUCGCCUGCGGCCUCAUCAACAUGUACGCCUUCCGCACGAUCCCGUGGAUGGAGCUCCUCGCCGGCGUCCUGCACGUCGUCCUCUGGCUCAUCUUCGUCGUCGUGCUGCUCACGCUCGCCCCGCGCGCCAGCGCCGAGUUCGUCUUCUUCGAGCGCACCGUCAGCUCCGGCUGGACCAACAGCUUCGUGAGCUGGAACAUUGGCAUGCUGGUCCCCGCGUGGGGGUUCAUCGGGUUCGACGGCGUCGUGCACAUGGCCGAGGAGGUGCGCAAGGCGAAGCAGGCCGUGCCGAGGGCCAUGCUAUGGACGAUUGUGCUCAACGGCGUCUUGUCGUACGGCAUCAUCCUGGCCAUCUUGUUCGGCAUGGGCGGCGCGACGGAGGAGAUUCUGGCUUCGGAUUAUCCCAUCAUCCCCCUGCUCUUCAACGCGGCGGGGCCAAAGGCGGGAACCGCGAUGGUGUGUGGUCUGCUCAUCAUCACGUUUUGUGUCGUUGCCGCUUCGCUGGCGUCGGUGUCGAGAAUCACCUGGGCGUGGGCCCGAGACGGAGGCUUGCCGCGGUACUUUGCCAAGAUCCAUCCCAAGCACCGGGUCCCGAUCCGCUCCGUGUGGCUGCCAUGCAUCAUCGUCACCUGCCUUUCGUUAUUCACCGUCGGGAACAACGCGACGGCGACGGUUUUCUCGGCUUUUACUGCGCUCUCGUCUCUGGGUCUGUACAGCUCCUACAUCAUCGCCAUAUCCUGCAUGCUCCACGCCCGUAUGACCGGACGCAUCGGCCACGGCCCGGAGUACCAGGUCCAGUACGGCAGCUGGUCGUUACCGAAGGGGUGGGGCAUGCCUAUCAACAUCUACGCGCUGCUGUGGUCGAUGUAUCUGACCAUCUGGCUGCCGUUCCCGCAGACCAUUCCUGUCACGGGGACGGAGAUGAACUACGCCGGCCCAAUCUACGUGGCUGCUGUGGUUGGUGCGUUGACGCUCUGGUUCGCCCGUGGUAAGAAGCACUGGCCCGGAUUGAACAAGUCUGCCAUUGCAAAUGUCGAAGCAUACAACUGA